AACGCGGCACCGGUUAGACGAGUUUUAGCGAGCCCGGCUCCGAGGCAGUUACCCUUCGUAGCCAUCCCCGCAGUGUAUUACUGUUAAUUGUAGCUCACGGUGCACCAAGCGCAGUCUUAACUCAGUCGCAAUUCCGCUGCGCAGUUUUUGUGACAGUUACUCUUUCGUGCCCUUGCCUGUAAACUUGCCUUGCGAUGUCUCUGAAGAACCAAAAUGCCGUCGUGUUUGGCGGUUCCAAUGGCAUUGGGCUGGCCAUCUGUCAGAGUUUGCUGAAGGAAGGUGUCCAGAAACUCUACAUCCUUGACGUCCAAGAUCUCGCAGAGUCCAGCCGCGUGUUGUUGGAAGGCUGCAAUGGGGAGGCAAAGGUUCUGUUCAAACACUGCGACAUAGCUAACCGGGCGCUGCUGCUGGAGAUUUUGAAAGACGAUGUGUUCCAAACGCUCGGUACCAUCGACAUUCUGGUGAACUCGGCAGGAAUCGCUACCGUCGGUUUGCCCGAUAAGACAAUCAACGUCAACCUGAUCGGUCUCAUCAACUCCAGUCUCUUCUGCCUGGAUCAGAUGUCACGUGCCAAGGGUGGCAAAGGAGGCGUAAUUGUUAACGUGGCAUCGGUGGCCGGCCUGGAACCGAUACCGUUUAUUCCGAUCUACAGCGCGUCGAAGCACGGCGUUGUCGGGUUUACACGAUCCCUGGGGGUUCCACAAAUUUACGACCGUACCGGCGUGAAGUUUAUCGCCAUCUGCCCCGGAGCGACGAAGACAAAACUGUUCGAGAGUCAGCGCUCCAGGCAGGUGCUUGUUGAAAUCGACUUUUUGCAAGAGAUGUUCGACGACUACGUGCAGCGCUUCAAGGCCCAAAGCCCUGACGUUGUUGGCCAGUGUGUGGUACAAGCGAUCGCCGAGGGAGAGAACGGUUCUGCGUGGAUCUGCAACGAAGGCGUCAUUAUGCCGCACGUAUUUUCAGAGUCACAGUUUUUGUGAAGCGAGUUUUGGGGGAAUCACCAAUCUAAAAGUUCUAAUAGUGCAAGCGAGCAUUUGUUUUUGGAAUGAAUUUGUUAUUUCGAUAUCGUCAUGUCACACGAUGAAAAUAUAUGAAACUUAAAUUCGUCAAAAUAUGGA